CGUAGAAGGCAUUGCCGAAUCUUGCUCGAUAUCUGAUGUGCCACCAGAUUCGCGAAAUAAUGUGGUUUGUGUUUGCUAAGCUGUCGCACCAGGGGAAGUAUAUAUAUACGAAUCGGAUAGGGGCUUACGUUAGGCGGUGUAUUGUCUAUGCCACCAGAUAAUGGGAGUAAGUUGGGCGUUGGGCUGUCGCUAGGUGUCGAGUAUAAUUGCCCCCUUUAAUGGAGGCUCACGGUCACCUCGGCUCACACUAUUCCUUUUUGCCAAGCUUAUCAGAAAGCAUAGGUAGAUUAGAGGAUAUAGGGGGUAAACCCGAAUACCCAAGACGACAAUAAAGCCAAGCACCUAGGUAGGUAAAGCUAAAGCCAAUGACAGACAUCCUCAGAACAACCCGGGGCAGCGACGGCCGUCAGACGACCCAGACAAUCACCCUGCCGCCCCAAACAACCCCCUUCGCACCCCCCCAACCCCAACACCACAACAGCAAUAGCGACAGCAACAGCGAUGACUCCGACAGCAACCAAAACACCGACAACACCGCCAUGCCCCCCUCCUGCUCCCUCUCCGUCUUCUGCCCGCACGUAUCCCAGCUCACCUUCUCGCGCGCCACCUCGGCGCACUGGCCGCACCUCCUGCAAAGCCAGGCGUGCCUCGCCGUGCAGACGACCACGGCCCUGUGGACCGCCGGCAGCACCGUCCGCACCGUCACGGCCGUCGGCUACAACGCGGACUGCUGGCCCCCGAACUACUUCAGCGUCUUCGACAACGAGGAGGGCGUGCUGCGCGGCGUGGGGCCCGACGACGACGACGGGGAGGGGGGGGGGGGCGGCACGGCGCAGGUGGUGGUGGUGGGCGACGUCUCGACGGCCGCGUUCCCCGGGAGCGAGUGUCUGAGGGGGUGGACCACGGCGUGCGCGACUGCCGUCACCGAGAGUAGUAGCAGCGGCAGCGGCAGCGGCGGUGGCGGGAAAACGUACCCGCAGGCGUGGUGCUGUCCCCCGGGCGAUUGGAGCUGCGCUACGGCCAGCACUACCACUACCGCCGCCGCCAACGGUAAGAGAAAAGCAGGAGAACCCCCGCAGCGCCUGUGCCGCAGCACCCUCACGGGCCCCGACACCCAGAUCUGGAUGUCGUGGGACCCGCCGUACACGGACGCGUCGCGCGAGGCGUACACGUGGAGCGUGGAUGUGCCGGGGGAGACGGACCCGGCGCUCGCGGCGGUGGUUUAUAGGAAGGUGUUUCCGCUUGCGUUGACGGUGGAUGCUGGUACUGAUGCUGCUGCUGCUGCUGCUGCUGCUACGACGACGACGGAAACAGCAACAGUGACACGACAGCAGAAUGGUGGUGGUGGGGAUGGGGAUGGGGAUGGGAAAGUGGUAGCAGCUACGGCUACGUCAGGGGCGGGGGUGGCGAGGAGGGCGGAGAUACUGCCGCUGCCGCUGCCGCUGGCUGGUGGCAGAGCUAUGCUUGUGUCGUCGUCGUCGUCGUCGUCGCGGUGCGCGGCUACUGGAUUGCUGGGGGUCGUUGCUGUGGCGGCGCUGCUGGUAGUAGUUCUGGUGCUUGGGUUUGUGGUGGUGGUGGUGUGGCGGAAGAGGGGGGUGGGGAGGUGUUGUGAGGCGGGGAAAAUGAGGAAGGGGAAGGAGGAGGAGAUGGUACUACAGACACGGGACGUAAAGUCUACUUGAAGUAGGCUGGUUGUAAGGGGAAUCAUAAGCUUGUUCUCUCCUUUCUCUUCUCUCGCUUAGCCUACCCCCUUUUCCCCAAUGAGAUCUGGGGCGUUGCUGAUGGCUAGCUUGGUAAAUGAGUCAAUUUGUUUGUCAGUGAUUUCAGAGAACAUUGGUAAUAGAAUAUGUUUUGAGUCUUAUAUUCGCUUCGGCGGAAAAGAAAAAGGUUUGUUGGAACUCAAGACUUCUUUUGUUUCUCUCUUCAUAGGAAUUUUGUGAGAGUAGGCAAAUAAGUUACGCCAUCAACGCCAAGUCGCCAGUUCAUCAAAUGUCCCUGGGAGAAAGAGUAGCUAUCCAGGUAAAAUCUCCG